AUGCAUCGGAAGGUCACAUCGCCGAUUACCGUCUCCUCAGCGAUUUAACGAGGCCGUGCGGGCGGCAGGGAGAACCGGUCACGCGCGAUCCGGCUAGGCCGGUUUGCGCAAUCAAUCGCAGAAGUAUCUCGAGAUCGAGCGCGAUCGCUCGCUGACUCAUCCGCGCCAGUCGCGGGGGGUUGAGGGGCCGCGCGAGCGUAUAAUAGAUGGCGGUGACGGAACUCCGCGAGCGACGAGUAGGCGUUCAUCGGUGUGAGUGUAACUUAAGCAUCGUCCGCGCGACAGAUACGAAACGGACGCGUCGACGCACGCAACUCUCGUGAAUCAUCGUGAAGUAUUCCAGCGGGGAAAGAUCCGUCGUUACACGCGAGGAGCGAAGAAAGUCGCGAUGGCGCCGAUCGUGAAUCAGGGCUACACGUACGAUCUUUUGGUUAUCGGCGGAGGAUCCGGUGGUUUGGCGGCAGCUAAGGAAGCCGUAGGUCUCGGAGCCAAGGUAGCAGUUCUGGAUUACGUGAGUCCCUCUCCUCGCGGUACCUCCUGGGGCUUAGGUGGCACCUGUGUCAAUGUAGGAUGUAUACCAAAGAAAUUAAUGCAUCAAGCUGCCUUGCUCGGUGAAGCUGUCCAUGAAGCAGCUACGUUCGGUUGGCAACUACCAGAUCCCAAGACCAUCAAGAUCGACUGGGAAGCCCUGAGGACUGCCGUGCAGAAUCACAUCAAGUCUGUUAACUGGGUUACCCGCGUCGAACUUAGAACAAAGCAAAUUGAUUACAUCAACGCUUACGGACACUUCAAGGAUGCUCACACUGUGGUAGGGAUUACCAAGAAGGGAGAGGAGAAGGUUAUCACUGCUCAAAAUAUAUUAAUUGCAGUAGGUGGUAGGCCCAGGUAUCCCGAUAUCCCGGGUGCUCUGGAGUACGGCAUAACCAGUGACGAUAUCUUCAGUUUGAAGGACGCCCCGGGGAAGACUCUCGUCGUCGGAGCUGGAUACAUUGGUCUGGAGUGUGCCGGUUUCCUCAACGGCUUAGGCUACGACGCGACGAUAAUGGUUCGGUCGGUCGUGUUGCGCGGCUUCGAUCAGCAAAUGGCGAACAUCGUCGCCGAGGAGAUGGAGCAACGCGGCGUGCACUUCAUCUACCAGGCGAAGCCCAAGAAAAUCUCAAAACAGAACGACGGCCGCCUUCUCGUCGACUGGGUUGACAAGGCCGGAGAAGUUCAUCAGGACGUGUACGACACCGUUCUGUUCGCUAUCGGUCGGCGGCCGCUCACGGAAGAGCUGAAGCCGGAGAACGUCGGGUUGGAGCUUCACCCGGAAACCGGUAAAUUCGAGGCGAUCAACGAGCAGACGAAUAUCCCGAACAUUUACGCGGUCGGCGAUGUUCUUCAUAAAAAGCCCGAGCUGACGCCCGUCGCCAUACACGCGGGUAAACUGCUGGCGAGAAGACUGUUCGACAAUUCAUCCGAGCGGAUGGAUUACAUCAAUGUGGCGACCACCGUGUUCAGUCCCCUGGAAUACGGAUGUGUCGGACUGAGCGAGGAAGCAGCGGUUGCCCAGCAUGUGGAGGAAGAGAUUGAAGUUUAUCACGCUUAUUACAAGCCGACGGAAUUCUUCGUACCGCAGAAGGACGUCAGUCACUGUUAUGUGAAAGUCAUCGCGCUCAGAAACGGUGAUCAGAGGGUCCUUGGAAUGCAUUUCGUCGGGCCGAACGCCGGAGAGGUGAUACAAGGAUUUUCGGCUGCGAUAAAGUGCGGCUUGACAUUCCCGAAACUGAAGUCCACUGUCGGAAUUCAUCCGACCACCGCGGAAGAGUUCACACGCGUCUUCAUCACCAAGCGUUCAGGCCUGGAUCCGAAACCGCAGAGUUGCUGCAGUUAGAUUGAAUGUCAUGAUUUUUUUUUUAUUCAGCAGCCUACGUACCAUUCGACCGUUUUUAGGAGAUAGCGCAGCUCGUAUUCUCGUAACAGAGAUCGGUCGACUUCCAAUUCGUUUUAAAUGAGAUUUUUCACCGCCAUGUACGAGAGCGUUAAUAACGCGAGGAAUAACGUGCAGUAUUGCAUAAUAAACGGUGGAAAGAUCGAAAGAGAAAGAGAGAGAACACGCAAUGUCGUAUUAACAGUGAAUUUUUUAUACACAUUACUUUUGCAAAGAGCGAUGCAUGAAUGAUGAGCAGGUUUUGCGGUACGUACAGUAUGUAAUAAUAAUUUAUUAUUCUGCACUAGAAUAAUAAAAUGCGUACUAUACCGAAAUGUGAUGUAUCUGGUGAAUACUGUAAUAAAAUGUAAAUGUUUAAGAAAACAAUA